AAAUUAUCAAAUAUAAUAAUUAAAAAAAUAUUACAAUAUUUUCUUAUAGGAAAAUAUGACAUAAACGAAUAUGAAGGAUAUAAACUUGGGCAACUAUCAAAUCAGUAUUCUAUGAAGUAUAAAGAUAAUAAUAUAGAUAAAGUUAUAAGACUAUCUUUGGUAUGCAAAUUAUGGGCAAAGAAUAUAAUACCUUCUUUAGACUAUCCCUUUUAUCAUAUCAUUGGUCACGAAACAUUAAUACCGCCUAUAAUUAGAUUUGGUAUAAGUAAGGAACUAAUGGAAUUCAAUAAUCAAAUCGAAUUGGAAAAACUUUCAAUUAUAGUUUCGGAUAUUUAUCACAAAAAUAUUAUUGCAAAAGCCGAAUCAGACUCACUAUCUUUGUUAUGGAGGUCACCUCCCAACACUCGUGGGUAUGCGCCGCUUUGUUAUCAUUUAGGAUUUCUCUCUUAUGGGUUUGACGACUAUUUUAGACUGGUAAUCAAUAAGAUUAAUGAAACUUCUUAUUUUUUUUCAAAUCUGCAACAUGUAACAAUUAAAAUUGAUAACCAAGACGAAAUGGCUGCAUUAAGAAAACUCCUUUUUCAAGUGGCAACAAUAAAAAGUUUAAAUAUUACAUUUUAUAGUAGAAAUUCAAAUACAAUUGGGCUAGUUAAAACCGAAGGUCUAUGCAAAUCAAUUGAAUCUCAUCCAUCAAUUACAAGACUAUCACUAUCAGACUAUAGAUUCCGCCUACCGUUUGAAUGCAAAAACAAAUUUAAAGAAAUUAAUUUCAGAGAUAUAAUAGUACUUGACCCAACAGUAUCACAAUCCCAAACACCUCCGCUAGAUGGUAACACUGGCUCCCCAACUAUUCAUCCUCAAUCAACUAAUGUGUUUGCAGAUAACUUUGAUGAUCCCAUGAUAAAUAGAAAACCAAUAGAAGCUUUAUCAAAACUAAUCGAAAAUAAUUUAGAAUCAUUAAAAAGAAUUACAAUUAGAAAUUUUAGUUUUGAAAAAGACAGUGAUAACUCAAACCAUACUUUAGAAGUUGAAAAUAUAUUUAAAAUUUUAUCAAAUAGUCAAAUAUUAGAAUAUUUAGAUCUUAGGGUUAAUGAAGUUCCAUAUCAGCUAAUUAGAAACCUAUUACAGCAAUGUAAAUCUUUAAAAGUAUUACAUAUCAAAUCAAAUUUUGACAAUAAUUUUAAUUAUAAUAAUAACAAUAAUAAUAGCAAUAACAAUAUAACAAUAACCAAUAAUGAUGAAGAUGAUGAAAUAGAAGUUGUAAAUUUAAAUCAAAAAGAUAAUAGUAACCUAAUUGAAUAUUCAUUUAUUUCUUCAAAAGGAACAAGACCAAUAUUACCAAUUUCAACAACAAUUAAAUAUCUAAAUGCUCCAAAUUUAACCAAACCAAUAAUACAAUCACCAAUAAUAUUAAAUAAUUUACUUAGUAUAGUUCAUGAUGGUUCACAAACAAAAGAUUUCAAUUAUUUAAUUUAUUUAAUAGAUAAUACCACAUCAUUAGAAAAAUUAGUUAUAAAAUCAAUAAAACCAACACCAAAAAAUCAAAUUUGUGAUAUAAAUAAUUGGUCAAAACUAUUUGAUUCAAUUUCAAAGAACACCACAUUAAAUACAAUCCAUCUACUUGAAUGCCUGACCCUAUCGCAAGAACAAGUGGACCAAUUUAUAGAAUCACAACAUCCAACCAUUACCAACAUCAAACUACACAACACCAGCUUUACAACAUCAAAACUUUUAAUAAACCACACUUUUAAAUUUGUGAACAUUGCUAUCGAUGUAUCUGACCUUACCAAUAUUUUAAUUAAAAACAGCACCAUUAAACAACUAAAAAUCACCUUAACUGACUAUAAAAUAUCAUCCUCAACAUUAGAAAUAUUAGCAAAAGCAUUAAAAAUAUCAAAAGUACCCUGUAUCCAAUUAAAUAGGUCUUUUAUUUUUAGAUCACCACUGUUACUACCAUACUUUAAGAAAUUUUCAUACCCAAUU